AGCCCAGGUAUCCUAUAUUCCUUCUGUGGAGGUGGCUCAGUGGCAGCAAGGAGUGUCUUCUCUCAUUACCGACAGCAGAAAAGCCACAAGUAAAAGCCAGCCGACUUGCCCCUCCAAUCUCUCUUUCUCUCUCCCUCCCCAAUUCACCAGCCAUUCGCAACCUGGUAGCAGCAUCAAUAGUGUUGCUUAGUGGACCUACAUACAGCAAGAAAGGGUAUUGCUGAUCACCCCAGAGGUUCCUGGGUCAUCCUGUGUCAUCUCCCAUUUCCCAACACAAGGAGAGGCAGCAACAUGUGUGGUUGGUGAAUUUGACACUUGAAAGCCGCUCCUGACUUGAAGGUGCAUCGUGGCUGCGGCUGCGAGAUCCCCAGAUCCGACUCCCCAGCGGGCAGGGCAAUGGCCUUAGAGGGACUGUCUGGACUGCCCCUUCUCUGGGGUGGGGUGCAAAGAGCUGCCGGGCAGCCCCCUCAGGGUCCGGUGACCUUUGAGGAGGUGGCCGUGGAUUUCACGGAGGAGGAGUGGGCUCUUCUGGAUCCCGGCCAAAGAGCUCUGCACAGGGAAGUCACGGAGGAGAUAUACGACAUGGUGGCCUCACUAGCAAAUGAUGUGCAGAAGAAUGAGAAUUAUAGGGAACCACCGAUGGUGUCACUGGUAAGAUUGGCCAAGUGUGAACCAAAAAAAGAGAUGUUUGGAAAUCACAGGGGACCCAAAACAUCUGAAAGGAACCAGUCAAAGAAUGGAAGGAAGAAAUUCUCUGUUUCUCAGAUUUUGCAUCAAAGAAUCCACACAGAGAAGAAGCUGUUUAAAUGCACAGAGUGUGGAAAGAGCUUCUGUCAGAAUUAUUCCCUUACUUCACAUCAAACAACCCAUGCAGGGGAUAAACCCUUUAAAUGCAUGGAGUGUGGAAAAGAUUUCAGUAAGAGAAGUAACUUAACUUCACAUCAACGAACACACACAGGGGAGAAGAGAUUUGAAUGCGUGGAGUGUGGGAAAAGAUUCAGCGCUAGCAGUAAACUUAAGGUACAUCACAGAAUACACACAGGGGAGAAACCUUUUAAAUGCACAGACUGUGGAAAAGGUUUUAGAGUGAGCAGUCAUAUUACCGUACAUCUACGAACACACACGGGGGAGAAACCAUUUAAAUGUAUGGAGUGUGGAAAGAGUUUUAGUAAGAGUGGUAACCUUACUUCACAUCGCAGAACACACACCGGGGAGAGACCAUUUAAAUGCAAGGAGUGCGGAAAGUGUUUUAUUCGAAAUGAUCUUUUAACUUCACAUCAAAUAACCCACACAGGUGAGAAACCCUUUAAAUGCAGGGAGUGUGGAAAGAAUUUCAGUGCGAAACGUAGCCUGACUGAACAUCGACGAACCCACACAGGGGAUAAACCAUUUCAAUGCAUGCAGUGUGGAAAGAGCUUUACUGUGAGCAGUAAACUUAUGGUACAUCACAGAACACACACAGGGGAGAAACCAUUUCAAUGCAUGGAGUGUGGAAAGAGGUUUACUGUGAGAAGUAAACUUACGGUACAUAACAGAACACACAGAGGGGAGAAACCAUUUCAAUGCAUGGAGUGUGGAAAGAGCUUCAGUCGAAAGUAUUCCCUUACUGUACAUGAAAGAACCCACACAAGGGAGAAACCCUUUAAGUGCAUGGAGUGUGGAAAGAGCUUCAGUGUGAGCAGUGCACUUAAUGUACAUCAGAGAAUGCACGGGGGAGAGACCAUUUAGACAUGGUGAGUGGAAAGAGUUUCAGUGAGAAACGUAACUUUACAUGAAAGAGAGAAACUGUAAAUGAAUGGAAUGUGUAAUAAACAAGU